AUGUCAAGCAGAUCAGGGAGUCUUUUGCGUCGUGUUGUCGAGGCAGCGCUCGACCGUGAAGAGAAGGGCUAUCCACCCGUAUCACAACACGAACCCACGACCCAAAAUGGAAACCAACCAGGUCCGAAAUCCUUCGCUCCUCCAACCACCAACAGCGAUGCUCUCAUCCCACCUUACGACAAGCUCCUUGUCUUCCGCUCUCUAACGGGCAUCGACAGCGUGCCUGCUCUCACGCAAGGAGGGCAUCUUCCCCGCCCCGCAGACAAUGUCGGUAUUUACACGCGUGUCGUGACGAAUGAAACCAACGCUGGGCGUGGAUAUCGCAUGUUCAGCUGGAUGAUCAACACAUGCCUUGGAAUUCAAAUUGUCGUGGCCGCGGCGGUAACUGCUCUUGGUGCUGCGAGCGGACCGCACACGGCAGUCACGGCAUUCGGCGCCAUCAACACGAUCCUGGCGGGUAUCCUAACCUACCUCCGAGGCUCCGGAUUACCGGACCGUCUGAAGCAGUACCAGAAUCGAUGGAAGAAUAUUCGAGAAUACAUUGAGCAGCGUGAACGCGAAUUUUGUUUGGAAGGCUGUGACCUCGAUGUCCAAGAAGAGAUAUUCAUUGUUGAAAGCAUGUACCAAAGCGUCAAAGAUGAAAUGGAAGCCUCCAAAAGCAGCCAGAGCAAGCAGCAACAACCCGAUGACCCACGCAUCCGCCGUUCGCUUUUACCGACCCAUGGUGGGAGAACAUCCGCCACGCCUGCUAGACGAUCUGAUAUACUGAAUACACAACCCGGAGAGGGCCACGUCAGCCCGCUCAGUGUUCCUGAACCAGUGCUGACCGGUGCUGGGAAAGCACAAAGCUGA